GGCGCCGCUUCCGCCCUCUUGUUUACAUGAGCCUGUAGCCAAACCGGUGAGACAAGCAAACGUUUGCUCUCGGUUUUAUGACCCAGUGAAGAUGACGGACCAGAAAGCACAGAAUAUCAGCUCCAUCCCCAUCGACGGUUUCAGCAAUUUAAGAAUUACGUCGAUAUGGACCUUUCUCCUGUCUGUGCAGUGGUCAGAGCCGUGGCUCAUCGGGCUGCUGCUCUUCCAUGUGCUGUGUCUGGCUGUGACCGUGGCGACGUGCAGCUUCUACCGAGCGCAGAUCUGCCACUUCCUGCUGCUGGUCGGCAUGGUGUAUAGUGCUGAAUAUCUGAAUGAGCUGGCCGCCAUGAACUGGAGGUCGUUUUCCAACUUCCAGUACUUUGACUCCAAGGGCAUGUUCAUAUCCCUGGUCUACUCCAUUCCUCUGCUCUUCAACACAGUCAUCAUCGUGGCCGUGUGGGUGUACAGGACCUUUUCCACCAUGACUGAGCUCAAGACCCUCCAGCUGAAGAGAAAGGCCCGCAGAGCGAACAGAGAAAAGACUGACUGAGCGAUCCCCCUUCUCUGGAUUUGAUUGGGCCUUGGCUCUGUUGCCAGGCACCGAGAGUCAAGUCAAAAGCUCUCCUAUGCCACUCCUGAAUUUUGGGAAUCCUCCUGCUUACUGUCUCUGUAAAAGUCACCGUUCGAGAGGUUUGUCAAUGUCAGCACAAAGUCGGGACUGGGUGUCUGAACUUCUUUUAUCAGAGGCAGGGCUGCGCUUUUGUUUAAGUGCUACAGGGUCAGGUGAGGGAGGGUAUUUAGAUUUUUAAUGUGUAAUUGUGGAUCGGAUAUGUGGAUCACAUCUCAAUCCUAAAAUCAAAAAUUAUCAAUCUUUUUCCUUGUUACUUUUCCUUGUUGGUGAAGGGCGCUGUGAAUACAUGCAGCGAUUUUUGAGGACCAAAGGACAUUUUACUUCUUUGUGUUCAGUGUUAUUUUAAGAUGUCAGUAAUGUGUAAAAAUGUCACAAGCUCAACGGAAAAUAAAGUGCCUCGCCACGGC